GCACUUGCACUGCAAACACACGCACACAAACGCGUUUUAAUUGAAACCACACGUUAAUUGAAUUAAAGAAACGGAAAAAAUGUCGAACAAUCAGUGGGAAGUGGUCGCAAAAUCACGCAAACAGCGAAAUUUAGAAAAGAAAGUGACGGCGCAUACGGAACAAAAGCGAAUUGCCGCCCAGCUGCCAAAACUCGAAGAACUUUUGCCAACGCAGCAAUAUCGCAAUUUGUUUGGCAAUCAUAAUAAUAACAACAACAAUAAGUCGCACUCUCCGGCAAAAUCAACUUCCAGCGUCGCUUCUACAUCAUCGAAAAGUAAAUCGCCACGCAAAAGCAACAACAAUGCAAAAUCGAAUGCAACAGCUGGCGGAGGGGCUGGAGGUAAUGGAGAUGCAGCAAAGAAGCAAGCGAAACAAACGUCAACAAAGCCCAAAACCUUGGAGCAGGCAAUGAAGCAAAUAACGCCCGAUGAUUUCGCAGCUCAAGUGGCGCAGGUGAAAAUCAGUUGUCCGGGUUCCGAGCUGCGCUGGCUGAGCAAUAUUGCCAGCUAUCUAAAUGGCGCCUUGUCCUACGACUGUGAUCCCGUCUUCUCGGGUCGCAGUGCUCAGUAUCCCAGUAACUUGGCCAGCAGCGCCCUCAAGCAAUCGAUACUGGAGUUUCUAAGCAGUGUAGGAGAAACGAAUCUGGAAUACUUUUUCUACUCGCUGCUCGACAGCAUGGCCACGGAGUUGAACAACGGGCAGCACGUGGCAGGCUACAAGUUUGUGCUGCAGCUUAUUGGACAGCACUGGCCAAGCAUUUGUUCGCAUAAUAUGGCCAAAACGGCGCUGUUACGCAACUCGUAUCAGAAUCGGAGCAACAUCUGCUUGAGCAUCUUGUGGGCCAUUGGCCAGGGUGGACAUCAAUCAUUGACCGAGGGCGUUAAAGUCUGGCAGAAUCUGAUGUUGCCCAAUUUGGAAUUGCGCAGCUUUAGUAAAUUUGUUGUGGAACAUAUUGAGCGCGUGUUGCUUGCAGCUGUGGCACGCAAGACUGACGAUCAUUUGCUGAUAAAUCAGCAGGAGUUUUUCUACUGUUACAAUUCGUUGAAUUCUACGUACAAUAAUCUGCCCAAGGAAUUGCAGCAGAGUCUUAAACGUAGUGCGCGAUUGUUGCUCCAACGUUAUAUACAAAGUCCCGUAAAGCAAGCGAAUAUCUUUUUAACGCUGCUGCGCGAAAUAAAAACGGAUGGCGGCAAACAACGCAACGAGAUCGACGGCUGCAUUAGCUGUUUGUUGAGCUCCGGUGCCGAUGAUUGCUUCAAAGUGUGGCGCAUGAACUACAAGAAGCAACAGUUGCCCAGUUUGUUGCUAUUGCGUGCCAUUGACAAUGAUUGGACGGAUUCCACCAAAUUGCUGGCCCAAUCCGAAGCUUAUCAUGCUUUUUUGCAAGAUGUGCGGGGCCUAAACGAGGAACUGCAGUCGGCCAAACGUAAAGAUAUCUACGUUGAUGACUUGCAGUCCGUUUUAAAGACCGUGCAGGAGAAGAGCAGUGCACAACAGAAAAAGAACAAACAGAAUGCGUCGCAAAAGAAGAAAUGCGGUUGCUGCAAAUGGGCGCUGGGCAGCAUUUUUAUCAUCGCCUUGAUUGCGGGCGCUCUCUGCUACGACACCGAGACCAAUGGCAAGGGCGUCUUUGAGAAAUCGGCCACCGGCAAGAUACUCAAAAAUGCCGGCGUGUUGCCCCAUGUGCAGAAGGCGUGGUAUGUGACAAUGGGCGCCAGUGCCCGGGGUUACAAGUGGGCCGAGGAGCAUGUGCCGCCGUAUGCUGAGCCGGCGUUGAAGACCGGCUGCAAUCUGUGGAAGCUGGCGAGGAAUGCCUGCUGCAAUGCCUACACAAAUGGCCUCAACUAUUGGCGUCUCAAGUGGCCAGCGGUUGCCAAGUUUAUUGAUCAAUAUGUGCCAGAUUUGUCGAAGAAACUCGAAGCAUUCGCCGCGGGAGCUAAGGAUGUGGCUGUCAACAGCUACGAAAAGUCCGCCACGAUCAUCAAGGAGAAGGUGCUAGUUGGACGCUUCUCGCCGGAGAACAUUAACCAGGCCCUCAAUCAGACGCGCAAUGCGGCACUCGAGUACUACAAUCAGUUCCACAAAAAGGUCGAUGCGUAUGCCAAGCUCAAAUGAUUUUAAGCGUCCGGCACGUUUAGCAAUCAUUUCGAUCAGCAUACAACAACAACAACUACAACAAACAACAGCAACAACAACAACGCGUCAUAGUCAAAAAAUUAGAGAAACAACCCAUUGAAAUGCAAUUUUAGUCGAAGAGAAUGUGAGCAAAAAUAUUAUCAGCAAACAACAACAAAAA